ACCGGAAAAAAAAAACAUUCGCGGUCGCUUCUUUCUUCUUGCCCAAUCCAACUCCAAACUCUCCAUCCAGUGGGAAAAAAAAAACAAAAAGGGUACCGGAAGCGGCGAAAGCCUCGCCCCCCGCCGCUCUCGCAUCGUCUCCGGAGCGCACGUCAGAUCAGGUGCGCCGCGCCCCCCUCGCCUAAGCUGCGACGACCAUCCAUCGAACAGGAAGGAUGACGGGCUCCAUGGAUCUCCCGGCCAAGGGCGGGUUCAGCUUCGACCUGUGCCGCCGGAACAACAUGCUGGAGAAGAACGGGCUCAAGGUCCCGGGAUUCAGGAAGACCGGGACAACCAUCGUCGGCCUCGUCUUUCAGGAUGGGGUUGUUCUUGGGGCAGACACAAGGGCAACUGAGGGCCCCAUAGUUGCUGAUAAGAACUGUGAGAAAAUCCACUUUAUGGCACCGAAUAUAUACUGCUGUGGAGCAGGAACUGCUGCGGACACGGAGGCCGUUACAGAUAUGGUGAGCUCCCAGCUACAGCUUCACCGUUAUGCAACGGGCCGCGAAUCAAGAGUUGUAACUGCUCUUACACUACUGAAGUCACACCUCUUCAAGUAUCAAGGCCAUGUCAGUGCUGCCCUUGUUCUUGGUGGAGUGGAUUGUACUGGGCCACAUUUACACACUGUUUAUCCACACGGGUCCACUGAUACUCUUCCUUUUGCCACCAUGGGCUCUGGUUCUCUUGCUGCAAUGUCAGUGUUUGAAUCGAAGUACAAAGAAGGCCUUACUAGGGAGGAGGGAAUACAGAUUGUGUGCGAAGCAAUCUGUGCUGGUAUUUUCAAUGACUUGGGUAGUGGGAGCAACGUGGACGUCUGCGUGAUAACCAAGGGGAAGACAGAAUACUUGAGAAACCACCAGUUGCCGAAUCCCAGGACUUAUGCUAGUUCAAAGGGAUACAGUUUCACCAAGGGGCAGACUGAGGUACUGUCUUCAAAGGUCACACUUCUAAAGCAGAAGGUUGAGGUCGCCGAGGGUGGUGAUGCUAUGGAGGAGUGAUCUUGCAUCCUGCAUUCAUACAAGCAUAUUCUGAAUCUGUGUAACUUUGCUUAGUGGAUCAGCUAGAACAAGAAAAAAGAAAAUUUGGAGAUCUUUGCUGUACUCGCUGGACCAAAGCCAGGGUUCUUAUGCUAAAUGUGUUUCUAAUGUUUGGCACAUUUUAAAUUGCUUGUUGUUUCCGAAUGUUUAAAACCGGUGAAGGUAUGGUAUUUGCUUG